CUUUUCUCUUCUCCUCCAAUUUUAAGAACUGAAAUUACGAACAGCAGCAGCACAGGCAAAGACAAUGAUGGCUGCUUACGAUCUAACCCCAAGAAUUUCACCGAAUCUCGACCGACACUUAGUCUUCCCUUUACUUGAAUUUCUCCAAGAACGCCAACUUCACCCAGAAGAUCAGAUCUUCAAAUCAAAAAUCGAACUUUUAAGCAAAACCAACAUGGUUGACUACGCUAUGGACAUUCACAAGAGUCUUUAUCACACCGAAGAUGUCCCUCAAGAUAUGACUGAUAGGAGAACUGAGGUUGUGCAAAGAUUGAAGGCUUUGGAGGAGGCGGCUGCUCCACUUGUCGCUUUUUUGCAGAAUCCUAAUGCUAUUCAGGAGUUGAGAGCUGAUAAACAGUAUAAUCUUCAGAUGCUUAAUGACCGUUACCAGAUUGGUCCAGUGCAGAUUGAGGCGCUAUAUCAGUAUGCAAAAUUUCAGUUUGAAUGCGGAAACUACUCUGGUGCAGCUGACUAUCUGUAUCAAUAUAGGGCUUUAUGCACCAACAGUGAAAGGAGUUUAAGUGCAUUGUGGGGGAAGUUGGCAGCUGAGAUACUGAUGCAAAACUGGGAUAUUGCUCUUGAAGAGCUUAACAGGUUGAAGGAAAUAAUUGAUUCGAAGAAUUUCUCAUCGCCAUUGAAUCAGGUGCAAAGUCGGAUAUGGUUGAUGCAUUGGAGUCUUUUCAUCUUUUUCAACCAUGACAAUGGAAGAACACUGAUCAUUGACUUGUUUAAUCAGGACAAGUAUCUUAAUGCCAUUCAGACCAAUGCACCCCAUCUUCUGAGGUACCUAGCAACUGCAUUCAUUGUCAACAAAAGGAGAAGACCUCAGUUCAAAGAGUUUAUUAAAGUCAUACAACAAGAGCAACACUCGUAUAAAGAUCCUAUCACAGAAUUUUUGGCAUGUAUCUAUGUCAAUUAUGACUUUGAUGGCGCACAAAAGAAGAUGAAAGUGUGUGAAGAAGUGAUUUUAAAUGAUCCAUUCCUUGGCAAACGAGUUGAAGAUGGAAGUUUUUCAACUGUGCCACUGAGAGAUGAGUUCCUUGAAAAUGCACGCCUAUUUAUCUUUGAAACUUAUUGCCGUAUACAUCAACGCAUCGACAUGGGAGUCCUCGCAGAAAAAUUGAAUCUGAAUUAUGAUGAGGCUGAGAGAUGGAUUGUAAAUCUUAUACGAAGCUCAAAGCUUGAUGCUAAAAUUGAUUCAAAGGCGGGAACUGUUGUUAUGGAGCCUAAUCAUCCUAAUGUGUAUGAGCAGUUGAUAGAUCACACCAAGGGAUUAUCAGGACGUACUUACAAGUUGGUUGGUCAGCUUCUAGAGCAUGCACAGACCCAAACUGCUCGAUGAAUUUCUUGCUCUAGUUUUGAGGAUUUUUUUAUCGUCAGUUUUUGAGAUUUUGACUUUGUUAAUUUGAUGAAAAGAUCAGAUUCAAACUGCAGAAAUUGUACUGAUCAACUUCUUGUUUGAGAAGUUAUCUAAUUAGAGCAGAGGUCGAUAAAUUAUUAAUUUUGCGAAAGAUGGUAAAAUGUUUAGAUUCAGGAGGAUUUUUGUUGUUUCACAGCUUGUUAAUCAUUUCAUGCUUGAAGAGAUAAA